AUGUCGAUUCCAGGUCUGGGUUUCAUUUCUGCGGCGGCAAGUAGCAACACAAUUGCAGCGCCAGCAGCUUCCACCACUUCAGCCUCGGCAUCGACAUUGGCCAACAUUUCUCUCCAGCCAUUUUGGGAGUAUCGAUUCCAAGUCCCAUUCUCGUCCUCGCUCAACAUACGUCUGGUAUCGGGGCUUGCCGAAAAGGAGGGUACCGAGCUCGCACCCAAUGUGACGUAUACGUUUUCGGGCACCAAAUCCAAGAUCAACACAUGGCAAGGCUGCGAACUCGAGGUCAGCACCGAGAAUGCGGGUUCUUACGACGCCCAUGUCGCCGAGCUCACAGCUGAAGACACACCACUUGUUUCCUACCUCAAUCUCCACAUGAAGCUCCAGGGAUUGCGGGCAGCGACGGUCGCGGGAAAGAGCAGUGAUGCCAUGGGCCCACGAGUUCUAGUGGUCGGACCGCCCAACAGCGGCAAGACGAGUUUGGUCAAGAUGCUUACAGGAUGGGCGACACGCAUGGGCAAGCAACCUCUUGUCAUCAACACUGAUGCAUCUCAGGGGAUGCUCAGCAUGCCAGGCACAUUGACUGCUGCCGUCUUUGCGACAUUGAUGGACAUGACCACCGACUGGGGCGGAACACCCAGCUCGGGUCCAGCAGGGAUACCUGUCAAGCUUCCGCUGACCUAUUACUAUGGUUUCGAAAGGCCUCGGGGCAAUCCCAAGCUAUUCAGAGGCCUGCUCAGUCGACUCGCGGCCGCAUCCACAAACCGUCUAUCAGAGGAUCCAGAGGUUAGGAGUUCUGGCAUGCUCAUUGAUACGGGAGCUGUCGAUGCCUCGGAACCAAAUUACGACAUGAUUUCGCAUAUUGCCGCGGAAUUCUCGGUAAAUGUAAUCGUCUCGCUCGGCUCAGAGCGUAUUGCUGGCGAUUUGGCCAAGGUUUUUGGCGGCCAAAAAAACAGUCUUGGCGAAGACGUGAUUGUCGUUGGCCUGGAAAAGAGUGGCGGCAUUGUCGAGCGGGACCCAAGUUAUAUGCAGCAACACAGGGAAAAGGUCAUCAAGGAGUACUUUUUUGGAGAUUUGAAAAGAACCUUGAGUCCUGCAACCCAAAAUAUUGGAUUCGAGGGUAUAUCAUUGUGGAAGGUUGUCGAAGCCGACCAAAACGCGGGAACCGAGGACUUUUACGAUCCUCUUGCAUCGACAUCUACACUUGAAAAGGUGGAACCUUCUUUGAUGAUGCUCAACUGCACCCUGGCCAUCAUGUACGCAAGUCCACGCGACCACCCAGACGCCAUCCGCGAUGCCAAUGUCAUGGGUUUCGUGUAUAUCACAGAUGUCGACGAAAAGAAGAAGCGUCUCAAGGUCUUGUCUCCUGUCAAUGCAAGACUCGGUGAUCGGCCGUUGGUAUGGGGAAAUUGGCCAGAACCAAUGGUGAGUUUGCUGGGUUGA